GGCUUCGCAGCUCACUGGAGACAAUGUUAGAAAGGACGACAUCUCCUACUAAUACCCGGGAUAAAACAGCUUAUUUAUAGACUUUAUUGAUUCAGACUACGGUUGAAUCAGGAUGCCGGUGGAGAGCGGGAGCAACGCCGCCGCCCGCCAGGGCAAGCAGAAGAGGAAGUCUCACAGCUUGUCCAUCCGCAGGACCAACAGCACCGAGCAGGAGCGCUCCGGCCUGCAGAGGGACAUGCUGGAGGGACAGGACUCCAAACUGCCCUCUUCUCUGAGGAGCAAUCUGCUGGACCUGUUCAGCCAGAUCGAGCGAGAGUUCGAGAACCUCUACAUCGAGAACCUGGAACUUCGCAGAGAAAUCGAGACGCUGAACGAUCGUUUGACUGUAGACGGACAAAAUUUCGAAGGGGCCGAUUUAGCCAAAGGAGCACUUAAAACAAAAGCGAGUCACAGCACCAGCCAGCUGUCACAAAAACUAAAGACAACCUACAAGGCUUCCACAAGCAAGAUUGUUUCCAGUUUCAAAGCGACGACGUCCAGAGCCGUGUGCCAGCUGGUGAAGGAGUAUGUGGGACACAGAGACGGCAUCUGGGACCUGAGCGUCACCAGGACGCAGCCGGUGGUGCUCGGUACCGCGUCUGCAGAUCACACUGCCAUGCUGUGGAGCAUUGAGACGGGGAAAUGCCUCCUCAAAUAUCUGGGCCAUCAAGGAUCAGUCAACUCCAUAAAGUUUCACCCCACUGAACAGAUGGCACUAACAGCCUCUGGAGACCAGACGGCUCACAUCUGGAGAUACAUGGUGCAGCUGCCGACUCCGCAGCCUGUCGCCGACAUCAGCCAGCAGAUACCCUGCGAGGACGACGUGGACUUCUCAGACAAAGACGAGGCGGACGGCGAGGUGGACGGUCCAAACGACUGCCCUUCUGUCCGCGUGGCGACCACAACGCUACGCAGCCAUCAGGGUGUGGUGAUCGCUGCUGAUUGGCGUGGGGGCAAACAGGUGGUGACGGCCUCCUGGGACCGAGCCGCCAACCUGUACGACGUGGAAACCUCCGAACUGGUUCACUCACUGACUGGCCACGACCAGGAGCUGACCCACUGCUGCACACAUCCCACCCAGCGCCUGGUUGUCACCUCGUCCAGAGACACAACCUUCAGACUCUGGGACUUCAGAGACCCGUCCAUCCACUCUGUCAACGUGUUCCAGGGACACACUGACACGGUGACCUCUGCUGUGUUCACGGUGGGAGACAACGUGGUGUCCGGGAGCGACGAUCGCACCGUCAAAGUGUGGGACCUGAAGAACAUGAGGUCGCCCAUAGCAACCAUCCGCACCGACUCCGCCGUCAACAGGAUCAGCGUCUCGGUGAACCAGAAGAUCAUCGCUCUUCCUCACGACAAUCGGCAGGUCCGGCUGUUCGACAUGUCCGGAGUCCGACUGGCUCGACUCCCACGGAGCAACAGACAGGGUCACCGGCGCAUGGUGUGCUGCUCCGCCUGGUGUGAGGACAACAACUCCUGCAACCUGUUCACCUGCGGCUUCGACCGGCAGGCCAUCGGCUGGAACAUCAACAUCCCGGCGCUGCUGCAGGAGAAAUGAACCGUGAUGCUCCACCCUAAAGUCUGUCCUCCAGAGCAUCAAACACUCAAUCGGCUGUAGGCUUAAAAAAAAAAAAGUUUGAUUUUAGUUCAGUGUAAUUUGAGAUGAAGGAUAAAAAACAGUCGUCUUUUUAAAGCCUGCAGGAGGUCAGUGUUUGAUCUGCUCUCUCACAGCCUGACGAACGAGGCGGGAAAAUGACUCGUGCACGCUGCCUGAGCAUCUGUCACGCUCUCACUAACUCACCACCGCCAAUACUCACAACCUGUGUGCCACAAAUGGGAAAAACAAAAGCACAAAGACAUAACAGAGAAGGAUGCUCAAACAAAAAAAACCCAAACCCUGUGAGCACAUAUCUGCUUGACGUUGAUAUUUAAGCUACAACACAAAUAAAUCUAAUCUAAUCUGUGCCACUAACAGCUGAUUCCUGAUUGGACGAAGGUGGCAGGGUGACGCUUUAAAGGAAUAAUCCACUAGUUUUAUAUUUAAUCAGUUUUCUUUUUAGUGUUCGGUGCAUUUCAGGAGUUAAUCUUUGUUGUCAGUAUUACUUCUGAAAUUACAAAAAUGGUCUCAAAUUGAUUAUCUGAUUUAAUUCAGUAUGAUUGAUUAAUUUUAAGGAGGCUGAUAUUUAAAUCUGAACCCUGAACACAGACAGACUAUAUUGUAUUUGGCCGAUUAUCCAUUUAGUUUAUACUGUUUUUUAACAGUGUUGAAGUGGAUUUUUUUAACCAAAAUGUCUUGUUUUGGCAUCUUAUAUUCAUAGUUUGAAUAUCUUAAAAUACACAUUCAAUACUACCAAAAUAACUAAGGUGACACCUUCACUUAAAUGUCAGAUAAUCAUAUUUUUGGGUGAAACUCAACUCUCGUUCAGAUGUUCAGGAGUAGGAAAGAAAUGCACCUUUAAAAAAAACCAACAACCCCAAAAAAAUAGCUGUUGUUGCUUUUUUAGGAAGAAAAAAAAAGAAGCAUUUGCAGCUUUUGUGUGUGUUAGACUCGUUCAUGGUCUUGUUCUGUAGUGAAAAUCAAGGCUACACACCCAGAAAAGAAGAUAAACACUGUAAAAUAAUAAGAAAAUAAAGACAGAAGCGAGAUAAAUGCACUGCUACACACUAGUAGUGGCUCAUAAGUGAUGAUUGAGAGGCACUAUUAGACACACACAGACCUGCUACGCUACGAAUCCCGACUUUACACCCUCCGUGCUGUUAUUGGCUGGAGGCUACACACCCAAAAACACCCCGAACACGGUAAAAUAAUAAGAAAAUACACCCAGACAGCAGAUAAUACACUUCUAAUGGCCCAUAAGUGAUGAUUUAGAUGGAUUAAUAGUCUAGUCCGUUACACCUUUAACUCGUCAUAUGUUGGUUCUCAGUGGUCUGAUCUCUCUCAGCUACUGUGUGUUUACUAGACAACGUUAAAAAAAAGAAAGAAGAGAGUCACCUUCCUCCUGCCCUGUUGACAGUUUGUAUUGAUUAGAGGCUGAUCGCUGUGUAGACUCGCAGCGCUCCGCUUUGUGCCAUGUUAGCCUGCAGGAAGGAGAGAAGAUGUUUCAGUGUUUCUGUAACUGCUCUGUACAGUAUGUGUGUAGCAGGGCUGGGUGCAGAGAUAGAAAAGCUACAGGAUAAAUAUAAAUAUAUAUGUGAUAACAGUUAUCGGUACUGUAUUAGUUUUAAAGGACUUUUAAUUGAUUGCUAAAAUACUUCCAGGAACUAGACCCAUCCCGCUUUUAUACAACAUUUAAUAAACAAGCAGUGCUCAUCUGUAUUCAGAAGAGGUUAUUAAAGAAAUCCCUGCAGAUUAUGGUUGGAAUAUUAAUGUUAAAGUUAUGAUGUUCACUUUUAUGUCUACUUAGCACAUCGAGGGAUUCAAAAUCCACGAUCAGCAGCUAAAUGUUAAGUAUCUGAAGCGCAAAGUAAAUCAUCUGUCCUGCGGAUAUAAAGCUGUUAGCGUACAUCAGCUUUUUUUAAUAGGGGGCAAAAAUAAUAGUAAAAUGAAGAAAGCAUGUAGCUGCUAUCUGUGAAUUAACAUGACAUAAAACUAUGAAAUUGUGCAAUUUAAAUGACGAGAAUUGUAAGACAACAGUGUAUUUAUUUGGGGUGAGAAGAAGUAUUUAAAGUUAUUUUGUGGGUUUGAAUGUUGUUUUCAAACAUAAAUUAAUUUAUUGAAAGUAAAAGUUAAAAAAAGGCCUUAAGCGUCUAAUUAUCACCAGUUAUUAAGAGGGUUGUCUCAUUUGUCUAAAGACUUAAAAUGUAUAAUAGGCGGCAAAAUAAUAGUAAAAUGAAGGAAGCAUGUAAAACAUGACAAUAAACUAAGAAAAUUGUGCAACUUAAAUAACUAUAAUCGUAAGUAAAAACUGUUUGGUUUAAUAAGGAUUAACAGUUUUGAGACAUAAAUUAAUUUAUUGGCAUUAAAAGUUUAAAAAAAGACCUUUAAUGCUCAAAUUUAAAGCCUCUAAAUAUCCCCAGUUUUAAAAGGAUUGUCUCAUUUGUCUAAAUACUGAAACUUAAGCCAAAAUAAUUUAAUAGAUCCUACAAUCACAUAAAACAAAUACAUAAAGUAGCUGCACACUGUUCAUGGGGAUGUUUCUGACACUAACCUUUAACACUGGACCAAACUCCCAUUAAGAUGAGAGACCUUUAAGUUUUUAUUUUGCAGAUAUGUAGAGAAAAGGGCUGGGCAAUAAAUCCAUAUUAUCAUAUUUAUAGAUAUCGUCUUAGAUUUUGAACAUCGUAACAUCGUGAUAUGGAAUAAGUGUCUUUUCCUGCUUUUAAAGGCUGAAUUACAGUAAAUAUGUAAUUUUUAUCCAUUUAGUCAUUAUAUCCACAUUACUGAUGAUUAUUUAUUGAAAAUCUUAUUGAUUUCUUACUGAUAGUCGCCCCUACAAUAUUGUCAAAAUAUCGAUAUCGAGGUAUUUGGUCAAAAAUAUCGUGAUAUUUAAUUCUGCCCUCAUCGCCCAGCCUCUAGUAGAGAAUGAACUGCAAAAAACUCUCAAACUGUAUCAUGUUAUAUCUGUAAAAAUCUGAUUUAAUUCAACAAAAUUGAAUCUGAUUCCUCUGAUUCCUCUGAUUCCCAGCCCUGCUGUCUCACCAACACUUAGUACUGGAUUGUUAAAAAAAAGCAAACUAAAACGUCUUUUGUAGUUAAUCGCAGGGCCCUUUAGUCUUUAGUGUUGAAACACUGUCGUCUGGAUCCUGUCGGUGUUAUAUUUGUUAUGGUACUUAAAAAAAAAAAAAAAACAACAAACCAAGGAGUGUCGUGAUGCGUUCACUGUCGCCUGCUUUUUGCUUCCUCACUGCCACAAAAACACUGUUAGCCAAAGCUGCGUUCGAGUGACGUAAUGACGUGUGUGUGUGUGUGUGCGCGCUCGUGUCUGUUUGUGUCCGUCAGUUGGUGACACAAACCUAAAAACAUGUUCAUUGUUAUAAUACGUGGGGCUCCGUUGCCGUUGCCGGGGCAACCGCCGCGUGCUGUAGUUAUUAACCCGGCGUCACAACAAGCACACAACUCACUUCAAACUUGAUUGUUUUCUCUUCAUGAGUCUAACUUUUGUAGAUUUUUGGAGCAUUUCACAGCUUUGUAACUUAAAAAGAGUGAAUUAAAUGUAAACAUUUUUAUCCACAGUGGGUAAAAAAAAACCAAACAACUACCCAUAGCUUGUUUAUAUGUGUGUUUAUAUUUGGUAACACUUUACAGUCGCUUUUUUUAAGUAGUAUUUCUAAUAAAUAUCAAAUCUCAGAAAUAUAUAAAUGUGACACCUUAAACUGAGAUUUUCAAUAAUUUAAACUACAGUACUUGUUAAAAAAAAAAGGCUCAUGUAAAGUGUUUCCUCACCUUCUGUUUUUACUUUAAAACUUUAACGUUUGUAUCAUAUAAAUUGUAAUAUAUAUAUGUAUAAAUAUAUAAAUAUAAAGAAAGCCGCAGCCGUGUGUUUUGGCUGUAUAGUGUGUUUCAGCUGCAGCAGUUUUAUUAGCCUUUAUAUAACUUGACAUUUUAUUUUGUUUUUAUUUUUGUGUAAAUUCAUUAUAGUGCUUAAUUUGACAGGUGACGUUAGUUUCAUCUGUCAGCAAAAGGUUUUUACAUUCAUAUAAAACAUUAUUUUCUCAUUUAUACCAGGGGUGACUGCUGUAAUGCCUAGUUUUUGGUUUCUUGGACGUAAAAUAUGAGUGUAACGCUACUACUGACUAGAUUAUACUGAUAAAUAAUUAAAAGAAUCUCACAUUAGCUGUUAUUUAUAUUAGGAAAAAACAAAUAAAUUAAAAGACCUCGCUGUUGCUCUUCUCCAAACGUCCUGAAAGAAAUGGGAGCAGAUUAACAUGUUCUUCUGAGUUUUAAAGAGCAUCAUCCCUGGUGUAAAUGACUAAAUAUCUUCUUUAUUAUGUGAAGUAAAUCUAAAGCUGUGUGUGUGCGUGCGCGUGUGUGAACGUUUGAUCUCCAGUUUAUCCGACACUGUUAUCUUUCUUUACGAAACAGUUUAAUAAUUAAAAAAAAACAAAAAGAAGUUUCACUGCAUUUUUCUACCAACACUGAGCCGUUCUGUUGCCACGUUCAUCUGUUUUUUAACCGUUCACACUUUAAUCACGCGAGAAUCACCGGAUCACAUGAUCGUCACGGAGCAUCGGCCAUCAUCAUCAACACCGCCGUUGUGAAGCCUUGUAUUAAAAAAACCAAAGCAAACUGUGGCUCCUUGGUGUUAACAGUGUUUUAUGUGAUCGAAGUGGUUGAUGUAGAACAACAAACACCACAGCUCAGUUAUCAGAAGAUAUGAAAGAAAAAAAGAAAAAGAUGUAAACCUGUUGGAUCGACUUGACCGCAGUUUUGUGGAUUAUAGCUGUGACAUUAAAAUAAACCAUUU